CCCCCCCCCCCCCCACCCCCCAACUCCUGUCCUGCUCCCCGCCUGCUGCUGUGCACGCUUAGGGUAAUCCUCUCCCACCCCACCCAGAGAAAAACCAACCAGAGGUCCCCGGCUCAUCUCCUUGAACAUGUGUCCCCGCUCCUACACCUCAGAGCUAUGUGUUUGGCAGUAACUUGGAGGGACAGACUGGUCACCACAAGGACAGCCAGGUCCCCACCCAUCUCGCCAAAUGCUAAUUGGGAGUGAUUGAUGCUGCCUCUCAACAAAUCUCCAUUCUAAAUACAAUGAGAACAGGGGCUGCUGUGCAUUUCAGCACCGUGGACCGACAACAUCUCCUCCGCCGCACACCGCACAUCUGGAAACCGGCGGCAGUGCGGGCAACAUCUGGGGAGCGCAACUCUUGAUUUUACUUCCUUGGUCUUUUUAUUUUUUUGCUGCUUUUUGUUCCUUUCUUUUUUUUUUUCUUUUUGCAGGAUCUAAAAAAAAAAAAAAAGGAUGCACAUGCACUUUAUUUACCACGACAAAGUCAGCAAGCAACGCCUAGGGGGUCCCGGCGUCUUCUAAAAAAAAAGAGAUAAUAAUACUACCUGGUCAUGGUCAUGGAUGAUAGAAGGUGAUGAUCUCCUAAAAGUCGCCUUUUUUUUUGGAUACACGUUCCUAAGAAUUGGGUUUUGGGGGCGGGAGGGAGAAAAGACGAAGGAAAAAAAAAAGGGGGAUCAUUCUCUGGAUAAAAAAAAAAUAUAUAUAUAUAUAUAUAUAAUAUUGAUAAAGAAUUCCUCCUGUUCACUAAUGAGCACCAAUAAAAGGAUUAUAACUCCGCACGCAGGGACUUCUCUCUAAUGAGGACACUGACGCUUCCCUCAUCUCCGCCAGAUGAGUGACUGUCUGUAAAGAGCGCUCCGUCCAUUAACAUCUCAGCAUCCAGAGAACAUUAACAGUCAAAUUGGUCCCUAAAGGGGAAGCGGCGGAGUCUUGGAGCUCCCCCUGGCGGAUGUAGCUGGGAUCACACCCAUAGGAAACAACUGGUUGCAGGAGCUGGGAUCUCAGGAAAGGGUGGAAAAGCCAAAAAGAUAGAAGAAGAAGAUUGAUCCAUAUCAAGCACUAAGAUAAUCUCGUCCCCGCAGAGUCCUACAACCGCAGAUAAAGGAUGCACUUUGGUUUAUCGCGUCUGCAAUAUAAAACUUCCCUUUUUUGUCGGUUUCGUCUUUCUUAAGAACCGAUUUCUGGACCUUAAAGACGUCGGUCAUGAAAAAUAGACCAGAAAAAACCUACAAAGACUCUCUAUAAUCGUUGACCUAAAUCGUCGUGUUCCGUGAAUGUUUAAUCUCCGCGGUGAAGAAUUCUUUCGAAGCAUCUUCCAAGGCCGAUGAGAAAUAAUCAAUAGACGUUCCACGGUGGGAAGAGGAUGUUGGAUUUCCAUCCGUCUCCUGGACUUAAUCGCGCACAAAUAAUUAUCGGCUGUGAACUGUAAAUAUUUCGGAGUUACAAACCACUGUUGGCGUUGGCGGAAAAAACAAAACUAUCCGGUAUGUACCUGUUCCUGGUGCUCAAUCUCAACACCCUGUGGGUGGCCGUCUCCAUAGGAAUGCAGCACGGACACUACGAUAUGUGUAAGACUCAGAUGAAAUCGGACGAGGGCAUCGUGUGGGAAUAUAUGGCUUGUCAACCGGAAUCGAAGGACAUGACGCAAUAUCUGAAGGUUAGGCUUGAUCCUCCAAACAGUACCUGCGGAGACCCUCCAGAGCCCUUCUGUGCAAUGGGUAAUCCAUACAUGUGCAACAACGAAUGUGAUGCCAGCACAAAGGAGCUCGCCCACCCUCCCGAACUCAUGUUUGAUUCAGAAGGCAGGAACCCCAGCACAUUUUGGCAGUCUGUGACAUGGAAGAACUAUCCCACCCCCUUACAGGUCAAUAUUACAUUGUCUUGGAACAAGACCAUCGAGCUUACCCAAAACAUAGCAAUUACCUUCGAAUCCGGAAGACCCGAGAAGAUGAUCUUAGAGAAGUCUCUGGAUUAUGGCGUCACAUGGCAACCCUACCAGUUCUAUGCUGCGGACUGCCUGGACGCAUUUCGAAUGGAACCCAAAUCAGUGAAAGACUUGACUGCAAGUACUGUCCUAGAUAUUAUAUGCACAGAGGAAUACUCCACCAGUUACGCAGCGCACGCUAAAACUUUAUCCUUCGAAAUCAAAGACCGGUUUGCAAUAUUUGCCGGACCACGCCUCCAUAAUAUGGCUUCACUCUACAGUCAACUGGACACCACCAAAAACCUGCGGGAUUUUUUCACAGUGACUGAUUUACGGAUUAGGCUUCUCAAACCAGCGACAGGAGCCACGUUUGUCGAUGAAAGGAAUCUGGGAAGAUAUUUCUAUGCUAUAUCCGACAUCAAGAUAUAUGGCAGGUGUAAGUGUAACCUACAUGCCAACAGCUGUACCUUCACAAACAAUCGGCUGGCUUGUGACUGUGAACACAACACCACUGGACAGGACUGUGAACGGUGUAAGAAGAACUACCAAGGACAAGCAUGGAGCCCUGGCUCCUAUCUUACAAUUCCCAAGGGUACUGCCAAUAUCUGUGUAUCCAACAUGCCCAGCACUGUUCAGGACAAAAAACGGAAGCAACCCAUCACUUCAGUUUUUUCCAAAAUAGCCCACUCUACUGUGCCACCAGCUCGAGUAUCGAGUCACAAAAGAGAUUGCUAUUGCUACGGGCACUCCAACCGCUGCACUUACAUCGAGAUUGUAAACAUGGCGGUCUGCGUGGGCUGCAAGCACAACACUCGUGGUCAGCAUUGUGAGAAGUGCAAGAGGGGCUUCCACAGAAAUGGGUCUGCCAAACUGGAUGAUGUUAAUGUUUGCAUAGCCAACAUCUGCGACAAUGAGCUGCUGCGUUGUCAAAAUGGCGGAGUUUGCCACAACAAUAUGCGAUGCCAAUGUCUUCCUGGCUUCACGGGCAUAUGGUGUGAGAAACCGAAGUGCGAGGACACCGGGAGCUGUCCUUCUUCUAAAUCUGGACAAGAAUCUGUUACCCACCAUAACUUCUAUCUGACCACCAUGAUAAUUGUAGCCCGGCUCUGCACUUUGUAAAAAAAAAAAAAAAAAAAAUUAAAAUUAAAAAACGUGAAUAACGUACCUGCGAUUUCCCAUGGAGAACGGAGUGACUAUGAGAGACAAAAAGAAACGAAAAUAUAAAGGAAUACAUAAAUUAUAUUCAAACUGAGAGGGCCUGACUGUACUAAGCCAUAUGUACCAAUUUGUGAAUGAGAGAUCCAUGACUGUUAUGAUUCUGGCUGGAAAGAUGGCUGCCUCCAGGAGGACUGCCAUGGUAUCAGAACCGGCUGUAAGGACCUUCAGAACCAAACGAAGGCCUUGGCAACAUGGUCACCUCAAGCACAGCUGAUGCCAUGGAAUUGCAGGUUAAAAAAAAUUAAAAUUUCCGGCAAAAGCCCCCCCAAGUGAGCCGGCUGUCUCGAGCAGGACUGCUACCAUGGCAGGAUCAACCAUGUUAUUUAUUUGCCCUUCAAAAAUUUUGCUCCAAAAGAAAAGGACAACGAGAGCUUGUUUGCCACUUCCACGCGGUCACUGUACCUCUCCGCCCAGUAUGUGGACCAAUCAAAUAGCGUCAUUCUUUGCUGCCAGUGCAUUGUGGGUAAAGGAAAGCGGCCAUAUUGGUCCCCUAAUACCCUAACACCUGUGCUUUUGUGAAUGUCGCUCCGUAUACCCUUGUUGGUCGAAAGAUUUUAUUUGUCCGAUGUUAGUGGCGCACAUAUUUCCCUUUCCUUGGCCCCAUAUCCUUUAAAUGAGAGUAAUUUAAGGCUUGUCUAUCAUGGACACGCCAAACGGAAUAAAAAUAAUAAAAAUAAUAAAAUAAAAAGUAUAUAAGGAGUAUGAUAUCCAUUAUGAGAAAAAGGCUAGAGAUUAAGCAAAAAUAAAAUGUAUUUAUCCUUUUGUAUUCAAAUGAAGUUAUUUUUCUUGAAAUAAUGUAAAAUGUAGAUUUUUUGUAUUAUUGCAAAUCCGUGUUUAACAGACAAUCUAUUAAGUGAUUAUCAUCGAAAUAUCAAGAAACGAUUUAUUUUUAUUAUUUUUUGUUCUUUAGUUCUUUCAAUUCUAUUUUAUUUGCGUUCUUUUUGCGUUGCUCAAUUUGUUUUUGUUUUUUUUCCUUUCACAGCGAUAGAGGGCUCCGCGUCCCUUCGUUUUUCAGCCGUUAAUGGGUGACAUGCUCAGAAAAAAAAAAAUAAUAAUAAUAAUCUUCCGUAGGGAGCAUGUGCUGGUGUUAUGGAAAGCCACAAGUUUACAUUCGAAAGACGUGUAAUAAUGUUCCACCAAAGGAAAUUCUAAAUGUUUUCUUGUUGUUUUAAAACACUGGAAGAUUUCAAAGGAAUAAAACAUAAAUGAAAACAA